AGAAUUCGUCAAGAUGGGAUCCGUUUCACGAUUUUUCCGCUUUCCGCGGCCAGAGACCUUUCUCUACGUGAUGAGCCUGGAGACGGGCGCGUCGUUGAUUACCCUGUCGCUGCUACUGAACAAGAUUAGUGGCCUUUAUGGCCUCCUCGCCCUGUUGACCGGCUACCAUCUCUCCCCGGUACAACUGUCGAUGUACCUCUACUCCCUCGUCGCCCUCGCCCUCGGCGCCCUGCUCUUUCCGCACAUCCGCAAGCAGUCUCCCCUGGAGUGCCUCGCUCUCGCCUAUCUGUACCUCUUGGACAGUCUGAUCAACGCGGCCUACACCGCCGCCUUCGGUGUGACGUGGUUCCUCGUCGUGUCGCAGAAUUAUGACAGUAGCAACGCCCCUGGUGGUGAGACGAUCGCCCAAACCGCCGGAUUCACCAACCCCAAGUACGAUGCCGCCUACGUCGAGAUCCAGAACACAAAAGAGGGCAACAACUUCAUCGCGCACCCUCCUCGUAGCGUCGACAACCUCAGCAAUGCUGUCUAUCAGCCCGAGAGCUUCCAGAGCAUCGUCUUCAUCUCGUUGCUGUGGGCCGUGCGUGUCUAUUUCGUCCUGGUUAUGCUCGCUUUUGCCCGACAGACCCUUCGCCUCUGGCUUGCGAUUCCCCGACACACCCAACUGCCAACCCAUAGCCGCAACGUGUCGGUCGCAAGUGUGGCGGACAUCGAUCGUGAGCCCUUCACGGUUUACAGCCCGGACGGACAGGGCUGGAGGGGCAAACUUGGCCGCAUCAUGGUCGGCAUCGGACACAGCUACUGGGUUGGUGAAGAGGAGGAUGGAAACUGGCUCAGUGGCAUCAACCACAAAUUCCGCAGCCGCAGCAACAACAGCACCGAACUACCUGGCCCCCUUGAACGUGAGCGGAGACGCCGCUCGGGCACCGGACCCCCUCAGCCUUCUCAGUCGAUUGUCCGAAACGGCAAUCUGCAGCAGAUUAACGAGCAUGGACCUGGAACCAACGUCAAGAUGCAGGACUGGACCGAGGCUCGAUAA